AUUUUGGUAUCUGAAUACCCAGUGAAAUUUCGAAAGUUUUUAAAAUCGCUUGUAGUGUUUGAUUAGAUAGUCAUCUAGAUACUUAUCUACUCUAUAACUUGAUUUUGUGUUUGGGUGCCCAAGAAACAGACAAGAUGCCGUCCCAUCUUGUACUGAGUGACCAGAUGAGCGAUGUGAUCCUGAAGGUUUCUCAUUCUGGAUACAGUUGGAGAUUUCCGGCCCAUUCUACUCUUCUCUGCGCAAAAUCUCCAGUGUUCCAAGAACUAAUUGAACUGCAGAAAUAUGAAGACCUUCCUAUCAUUAAUAUAAUGGGUGUGCAACCAGAUACCAUGCUGCAGCUGCUGAAAUACAUUUACUCUCACGAAUAUCCUACUGAAGUAACCGCUGAUCUUCUGAGGGCUGCAGAAAGAUUUCGUCUGACUGACUUUAGAGAGCACUUAGAAGAAUAUGCUAUUCAGAAUCUCACUAUCGAAGGAGCCUGCCACCUGUUGGAAAGCCUCGAAAUGCAUGAACCCUUGUUGGAAGACUGUGUUGUAAAAGCCUCCUGCAUGUCUAUCAUCGAGAGCCAUGCUUAUGUUGUAUUUUCCUCAGACUUAAUAUUCACUUUUGGUAAAAAUACACUUCUCAAAUUGUUGGAGUCUUGUAGGCUUAAUGUCCCGGAUGAAGCUGUGGUGUUCUGGGGUAUCUGGCGGUGGGGGAGGAGAUACUGCUGUCAAAGCAACAGACCUCUGACAGACGAAGCUCUUGUUGAAGUUCUGACAGAUAUGCUAAUUAAAAUCAGACAAUCAUCAGUUUUAAACCGAGAAAGGAUUCCUGAUAUUGCUUGGAAGAGAUUCUGCGCAUGCUUGCCCAAAAGGUGCCGCUAUGUGGCCCCAGAAGACUCCCUGGACCUCUGCACCACGUGGGAGCCAUGUGGAUCUUGGGAGAGUCUGAUUGAAAACCAGGAAGGUGAAACUAGAUCUCUCUGUCUGCAAAUGUCAUUCGAUAAAAGCGUGAUGCUUGUGGGAAUAACAUUCGAAAUAUGCGUUCCUGACUUAGAGAAGGCGUAUUUCCUGGUGUUUCGCGAACUGGACCGAAAGGAGCUGUUCAGGCAAGAGAUAAAUUGUUUCCAGUGUUCUUUCCGGAAAUUAAGCCGGACGAGUGACUCCGAGCCCUGGCUUAAGGCUGAUGUCUUGCUCUCGGAACCCCUGAUCCUCUCUGGAGUGGAGAUCUACACCGUUUAUCUUCAGACUCGCGGGAAACCCUGCACCCUGCCUAGAGCCCUGCCACAGCAGCAGAGGCAGAGAAUAGGAAGUGUGUACGGUACGGUCCACGGGCAGGCUGUGGUUGCCGUACAGAGGUUACACCUUAUAUCUGAUGUGAAAGCUACAUGGGGACAUUAAAUUAAUUGGGAAAAUGAUAUAUAAAGCUGUUAGAUGUAUUAUUUUAAUGUUCCUCUUUGAAAAUGAAUUUCUUUUAUUUAUUUAUUUUGCUCUAUUUAGUUUUUUUUACUACUAGCGUGUGUGUUUUGGAUUAACUAGCAAAAUUAAUAAUUAUCCUUAUUUUGAAGCAAAUAUACGAUAGUGAAUUUAUUUGAUUAAAAUUUUAUUAAAGUGAUAUCAAAUUAACUUGAAUAUUCAGUAAUUAUCCUUACUUAGAAGCAGAUAUAUGCUAAUGAAUUUAUUUGAUUACAAUUUUUUUAAAGUGAUGUCCAAAUAAUUAACACAAUCAUAAAUAACUGGCAUAAGCAAUAAAUAUUCUUUUUUCGAAACAAAUAGGUGAUAAUAAUUUUAUUCGAUUUCAAUAUUUUUUAAAGUGGCGUCGAAAUAAAAUUCCUUAUCACUUGACCAACCAAGCCAUACAUUAAGGAAAGGUCAAGCAUUUAUUUUAUCUCUCAAGAAAGCCACUAUAAAUAAAUAAAUAUUGUUGAGUCUAUUAAAAAAAUGAAUUAAUUUUUAGAAUAAACAUAAAUGUCAAGUAUUCACAAUAAGCAAUUUUUUAAAGAAAAAAAAACACUGCUAUAGAAAUGAUAUCUAAUAUCGAAAUGUACCAAUAAACAGCGUUUUUUGUUGGAUUCUUAAAAAUUUUGGCAAGGUAUAUUUCUAAUUACUGAAACAAUAUCAUUGCUCCAUUGUGAGCAGUUUUACACUAUUUUCUAGAUUUAUUGGACAUUUUAAAAAACAAUUAAAACGAAUUUUAUUUGAUUUUCUGUUAUUAGACAGGGUCCAGAAAGUUUUUGUUUUGAUAACUGAAAUUAAAAUAUAUCCUUUGAAAAAAUAGCUUCUAUAAAAUAAAAAAAAGGAAUUUUUAUAUCAAUUUUCAAAAUAAUUUAAUAUUAAUAUUUUUCAAAAAAAUAAUUGAAAUGUAUGGACAAUGAAAUAUAUUUUAUAUUUCUAUAAAUAUAUCUCACUAGUCUUGAUUAAUUUGUGUUGGUUUCGUUUUUUUGCUUUAUAUUUUGUACUGUAAUAUAUUCAACAAGUUCUAAGUUUAAGCAUUAAUAUUUCAUUAUUAUUUAUUUAAACUCAUGCUGUGUA